AUGUCCCCUGUCAUCCCAGCUCUUGUUCUCGACAGGACCAAGGGCGCCAGAGUGGCCCUGCAGACAAGAGAGGGCAGCAGGCUUCUAGCCUGGGAGUUCACUUUCGCCUCACCUCCUUUCCCUCCCGUCCAUCCUGCCCGUGGCAACCGGGAGGUGACAGGUUCCAAGAGUAGACAGUAUAGCCCAUAAUCUCUGUCUGAGGACACUGAGGGACAGGGGAAGGAACUUGCCUCUGCCUCCUGCACACCCUCCCCCAGCCCUCCUGGCUCUUGUGGAGCCCAAACCCCAAACCAGAUCUCACGGCCCCCUUUCAAAGAUGUGCAAGCUGAGGCCCAGGGAGGGGAAGAAGGGAAGUUCAAAGCCACCCAAGCAGUCAGGGCUGGAAUACAGGAGAGCAAAGGCCUCCCUGAGGAUGGCAAGGAGGGCUUCCUGGAGGAGGAAGCUUUUCCAGAUGUGUCCAGGAGGGAUGAGCAGCCCAGGCAGAGGACACAGCAGGAGCAAAGGCCUGGUGUGGGUGACAGGGCAGAACCGGGGAGCAAUAAAGGGCCUCCUGGCCACAGGCAGAGGCCCCCUGCCUUCAGGAUCUACCCGGAUCUGCCCCUGAUCCAGCCCCAGCAUUGCCCACCUGGCACCAAGUCCUCUAAAAAGAUCUACCCGGAUCUGCCCCUGAUCCAGCCCCAGCAUUGCCCACCUGGACCAACACAGCGGACUCCAUCUUGGUCCUCAGGCUCCUACCCUCGUCCCCUACAGUCUGCCCUCCCCACCGCAGCCACGGGGCGCGUGCAGUACGCCGUGCGCUGCAGGCAGCUGGAGGAGCCGCAGCUCCAGGACCAGCAGCAGCAGCUGCAGCACACACCUGGGCAGUGGCUGGAAUCCAGUGACGACCGGCACGUCAUGUGUAGGCACGCCACCAUCUACCCCAUGGAGCAGGAGCUCCUGGCAGUCCAGAAGGCUGUGUCCCACGUGGAGCCGUUCCCCAAGCUGGUGUCCAACAUGCCGGUCCAGGAGAACUGCAGAAGCCAGGAGGAAGAGGGCAGUGAGCCCAGAAUCUCAGAGCCUGAGCUUUGA